GCUUUGAAAAAAUGAACAAGGGGCGCUACGGACGAUGCCUCCACUCACUUGUACAAAUAAGCCGACGUCAUAACUCAUAAGCUAACGUGCGCCGUAGACGAAUUGGCUCACCAGUCUCCCACCGUCCUCAUCCCAUUUCCCCCCGAAUCCCGAUCUGUAGAGAACAUGGCCGUCCGAGCAACGGUGUCACGUUUCCCGAUCGAUUCAGACGCUCUAGAGGCGUCAGGACUCCCCUGGGGACUAACGGUGACGCCGUUCGCAGCCAAAGACGAGAACGGAAUCGCGCCGGCGCGCGGAUCCAACGGCCACCUUCUUCCUCGCUGCGAAAACUGCUACGCGUACUUCAACACUUACGGCGAACUCGAUCAGUGGGCUUGGAACUGCUCGCUCUGCGGGACUCUCAACGGACUCCCUUCCGAUGCGAUCGCUCGUUACUCUAAUCCACACUCUAUCCCCGAAAUGAGUUCCUCCUUCAUUGAUCUCGAGUUGCCUUUGGAUGGAUCGGAGGAAGAGAUGACUCAAGCUAGGCCUGUCUAUGUUGCGGCGAUUGAUCUCUCGUCUUCUGAGGAAUUUUUGGAGCUAACAAAAAGUUCAUUGCUAGCUGCUUUGGAAGCUCUAAGUCCAGGGUCUCUUUUUGGUCUUGCCACAUUCAGCCACAAAAUAGGACUUUAUGAUGUUCAAGGACCUGUACCAGUUGUAAAGAAUGUAUUUAUCCCACCUGAUGCGGAGAGCAAACUACCACUAGAACUUGAGGAUGCCAUGCCUUUGUUACAGUUUUUGGCUCCGGUGGAAACUUGCAAGGAUCGUAUUGCUGCUGCUCUUGAGACACUCAGACCGAUAACUUCUUGGGAGAGGUCAUCUGGUGCAGCUCAAGGGAUGGAUGGUGUGUUGAUGGGUGGUAGAGGCUUCGGUACAGCAAUGGAAGCUCUCUUCAACUAUCUAGGAUCUGAAUUUGGGAAUACAUUUGCAUUAGCUAGGGUGUUCGCUUUCCUAUCCGGUCCUCCUGAUUACGGACGUGGACAGCUGGAUACAAGUAGGUAUGGUGAACAAUACGCAAGUAAAAGAGUUGAUGCUGAUCGUGCUCUGCUUCCGGAGCAAACGCCGUUCUAUAAAGACUUAGCCACCAUUGCUGUCCAAUCAGGUGUAUGCGUAGACGUGUUUGCCGUUACAAAUGAGUACACAGAUUUAGCAUCCCUGAAGUUCCUUAGCAUCGAAAGUGGAGGAUCGUUGUUUUUGUAUUCCAGCACCGAUGACUCAACUCUUCCCCAAGACAUGUUUCGGAUGCUUAACCGGCCGUAUGCUUUCAACUGCGUCUUGAGAAUGAGGACGUCAACUGAAUUUAAACCUCUCCAUUCUUUUGGUCACUUCUUUCCCGAUCCACAGUACGAGAACCUUCAACAUAUCAUAUGCUGUGAUUCAUAUGCAACAUAUGCUUAUGACUUUGAUUUUGCUGAUAAUACUGGAUUUUCAAGGCAUUCUGGAUACCCACCCGUGGUCCAAAUUGCAUUCCAGUACACAGUUGUUGUACCUCCCGAGGAACUGUCAAGCUCUGAACUGCCAUCUUCAAGUAGAGGCAAACACACACUUCAGAGACGACUAAGAAUCAGAACCAUGCAGUUUUCAGCUGCCCAGAACAUCAACGAAAUUUACGACAGUGGGGAUCAUGAAGUUGUUCUCUCAUUGCUCGUUCACAAGGUAAUUUUAGUCUCUCUAGAGGAUGGAGUCCGAGAAGGGAGGGCGUUGCUUCAUGAUUGGCUAGUAAUCCUAACUGCACAGUACAACGAUGCCUUUAACCUCGUCCAGUACAAAAACGUAAACAAGUCAAUGAGUUCUCAGAUUGACAUCACGUUUUCACAAUGUCCCCAACUUGAGCCUUUGCCUCGCUUAGUCUUUGCCUUACUCCGUAACCCUCUCCUCCGGUUCCAUGAAGAAGGUGUUCAUCCUGAUUACAGGAUCUACUUGCAAUGCCUUUUCAGUGUGUUGGAGCCGAGUUCUCUUCAUUGUGGGAUAUACCCAUCGUUGAUGUCAUAUUCAACACCGGAUAAACAGGCGUAUCCGCGCCAUUCAUUGAGCCGUGCAGCAUUGAUGACAAGUGGUAGUCCGAUAUUUUUCUUAGAUGCGUACACCACUUUGAUAGUCUUCUACUCAUCAACAGCUGACCCGUCACUCCCUUUCCCUCCACCACAAGACUGUUUAUUGAGGAAGACCAUUAAUGAGGUGAAGCAAGGAAGGAGCAUCACACCGAAACUGAUGUUUAUCCGUGGAGGACAAGACGAUGCUACGGCCUUUGAGAACUAUCUUAUAGAAGAACAAGACGUGGACGGUAGCGGUUUUGCUAGUGCCAUGGGUUUUGUGGCUUUCCUUGACGAUAUUUCGCAGAGUGUGGCUGAAUACAUGAAGUAAAAUCAACAAAACGUAUAUACAUCAAAAGGCAAUGUGUCAAAUGUUUCCCAGCUACAAGAGUUUUGCUCUUUUUUGUUGUAACAUUUGCUUAGACAACAAAACUUUUUUUUUGCUACCUUUCACUUAGAUAACUGGUAAAACUAUAGUCAAAUAGCAAAUAUUAUACUAGUCUA